AUGGACGUCCAGCUCAGUGGCACGUAUACCGUCGUGAACCAUUCAUUCAAGACCCGUAUACGCUUGCCAAACGAGAACCAUUCACAGCCUCUGGUCUGUAUGAGAUCCGCCACGAAUCAACCUGCUGUCGACAUGGAACAGUGGGAGGUGGCGUCUUGCGAAGGCAGCUAUCAUACAUUCUACAACACCAAGUUCUCGUCCUACGUCUCCAGUAUGUUUCCAGUCCAACCAGACACGGAGGUCAUUCGGGACUCCGGGCCAAGGUGGUGGAUUUUAGAAGACUUGUCGCAUAAAUAUGGACCGGGUGCCUAUGCUAUACGGCCGCCCUCUCACCCUCACCUCUGCUGGAGCCUUACAGAUGGAGAAGACCAGACUCCGGUGUGUCUUCGAGAGUACACCUCGACAGCCAGAAAUAUCUGGAAGAUCGUGCAGGUUCCUGGUACCGCUGAACCACGUCCUGAUGGCGCCUCAAGCCCAAUUCGAGAGCCUUCUUCUGCUUCAUCUGGUAGCUGCACGUCGGGUGAUGACAUGUCGACCCCACCUCCGUACAGCGAAUCGUGUAAAGGGGAGCCUGGUAGUCCAGACAGCCCUCUUCCUAAAGCGAUACCACGCUCCAAAUCGGCACCUAUCCCAGACGAUCCACCAGUCAAAAACGCACACGUUAACCCCAACUCGAGAAGAUCAUCGUUGGAUGGGCAGAAGCCCGUCGUCUCGUGUAGCGCGCCACUCGACGAUACUUAUCCCAAGGCGCAUGCCAUUGCUCAGCCUACUUCUCUGCCGAGCCAUAACAUUCCAUCUACACGGAUUUCCCGAGCACGCAGAGGGAAACCGCGUGCGGACCUGAGGAUCUUUCCCCCGGGCAAUAGCCAAAACGAGCUUGGAAACGCUUACCCAAACCCGGAAGCAAAAUACCAGAGGAUCACGCCGAAUAAGGUGGACUGGAAUGCAAGCCGGUUGGAAGAUAGAUGCGACAGCGUGGGCUCCCCAUACGGCACCUUCAACGGUUGGGAACAUGCCUUGGAGGAUCGUUACGUUCCAGACGGCGCACAGAACGUGACGUCUCGAGAAGCGUUCAAUAGGACUCGGAACAUCAUGAUCCACAACGGUACAACACCCACGAAGUCACCGCACGAUUCAGUGCCCAUCUCUGCUCAGGAAAUCGCUGGCAGAAAACUGUCGGCAUCUGGCGUCACGUUGACGUUCACUAAUUACGGCGACGCUGUCGUCCAGGUCGUGGAACAGAAGACUUCUAGAAUGUGGCAAGUCGCCCCUGGCAGUCGUGUGCCUGUACGAUUUGAGGCCAAUUUGCCUCUGCUCUUGACCUUCGUAAUGGGGCAGAGGACCGAAAUGAGAGGGAACCGUUAUACUCGUGAUGAAGAAGUCGACGUCCAUAAAUUCUUCAAGUAA